AUGGGGAAGACCAAAGUUGUCAAGGACAAGGAAUACUGGGCCGCUCGAAAGAAACAAUUUUUCCUGCGUCCAGGGGCAGCUGCAGAGAAGCAGAUAUUGAAAGAAGAGACAUAUGAGCGGUUCAAGUAUCUGCUUCGUUUGACAGACUUAUUUCGCCAUUUCAUCAGCAUAAGAGCCAAACAAGACAAGAACAUUCAAAAGUUACUAAAGAGCUUCGACUCAGAUAGCAGCUCUCAUGAGAAAGCGACAAGUGGUAGGUCUCAGGAUUCAAGACACCACAGAAAAACCGAGAAAGAGGAGGAUGCAGAGCUCAUGGAAGAAGAGGAGGAGGACAUUGACACUGCAGGAAUACUUACAGAAUCGCCCAGCUACAUCCAAUCUGGCACGCUACGAGAUUACCAAGUCCAAGGUGUAAACUGGCUGCUGUCCUUGUAUGAAAAUAAACUAUCGGGAAUUCUGGCCGAUGAAAUGGGACUUGGUAAAACGCUCCAGACAAUUGCAUUUCUGGGUUAUUUGCGCUACGUCAAAAACAUCGAUGGGCCUACCAUCGUGAUAGUGCCAAAAUCAACUCUCAACAACUGGCAGCGAGAAUUCGCCAAGUGGACGCCCGAGGUUGAAACUGUUGUGUUGAGUGGAGACAAGGAGGAGCGUCAGCGUAUCUUCAACGACAUCGUACUUGAAGCCAAGUUCGAUGUCCUAAUCACUUCUUAUGAGAUGGUCAUUAAGGAAAAAUCGACGCUCAAGAGAUUAAUGUGGCAAUAUCUUAUUGUCGAUGAAGCUCAUCGAAUCAAAAAUGAACAAAGCACGUUGUCUCAAAUCAUUCGUUUAUUUCGCUCCAAGGGCAGACUUUUGAUAACAGGUACUCCCUUGCAAAACAAUCUUCACGAGCUUUGGGCUCUGUUGAAUUUUUUGCUUCCUGACGUUUUUGGAGAUUCGGAUGUAUUUGGCCAGUGGUUCGAGCAAAAUAAUAGUGACGAGGACCAAGAAGUUGUGGUCCAACAGCUUCAUACUGUCUUGAGCCCAUUCCUGCUGAGAAGACUAAAAUCCGAAGUUGAGACGUCUCUACUCCCUAAAAUUGAAACCAACCUCUAUGUGGGAAUGGCUCAAAUGCAAAUUCAAUGGUAUAAGAGUCUUCUCGAAAAAGACCUGGACGCCGUGAACGGUGCAAUUGGUAAGCGCGAAGGUAGCACUAGGCUACUUAACAUUGUCAUGCAACUGAGAAAGUGUUGCAAUCACCCGUACCUUUUUGAAGGUGCUGAGCCAGGUCCACCAUAUACAACUGAGGAACAUUUGGUUUACAAUGCAGGCAAAAUGAUUGUUCUUGAUAAAUUGCUGAAGAAGAAGAAAGAGGCUGGUUCUCGUGUCCUCAUCUUUAGUCAGAUGUCAAGACUUUUAGAUAUCUUGGAGGACUACUGUUUCUUCAGAGACUACGACUACUGUCGAAUUGAUGGAUCAACUUCCCACGAAGACAGGAUUGAGGCAAUUGACCAAUUUAAUGAGCCUGACUCUAAAAAAUUCAUAUUUCUGUUGACCACUAGAGCAGGUGGACUUGGUAUCAACCUGGUUACCGCUGAUACUGUUGUACUUUAUGACUCCGACUGGAACCCCCAGGCUGAUUUGCAAGCUAUGGAUAGGGCGCAUAGAAUUGGACAAAAAAAGCAGGUUCAUGUUUACCGCUUUGUUACUGAAAACGCAAUUGAAGAAAAGGUUAUAGAAAGAGCAGCUCAAAAGCUGCGGUUAGAUCAGCUUGUGAUCCAACAGGGUGUGGGAAAAAAGACCUCAUCUAUUGGAAACUCUAAAGGUGAACUAUUGGAUAUGAUUCAGUUUGGUGCAAAGGACGUUUUUGGUAGUAAUUCACAGAACAUGACUAUCGAUGAUGACAUCGACGAAAUUUUGAAGAAGGGUGAGCAGAAAACACUCCAGCUAAAUGCUAAGUACGAGAAGCUUGGAUUAGAUGACCUUCAAAAGUUCAACGGCAUUGGUGACCAGUCUGCUUAUGAGUGGAAUGGUGAGAACUUUCAAAAGAGGCCCGAAGAUCAAACAAAAACCUGGAUCAAUCCCUCUCGGCGUGAAAGAAGAAGAGAGCAAUCAUAUUUUGUGGAAGAUAAUCCUAAAGAUGUUGAUGGUAACUCUAAAAAUAGCCCUCAACCAAGAAUGGCAAAACCUCCGAAAACUAUAAACAUACAAGACCAUCAGUUUUUCCCAUCACAGGUAAGAGAUCUUCAAGAAAAAGAGCAAUUGUGGUUUAAAAAAAAGUGA